AUAAAUUGAUUAAUAUAACUUUUUUCUCUUGUUUUGUCUUAAUGAAAAGGCAGAUUGUGUUGAUGUUUGAGUUGAUUCUCCACAGAAACCGUCGGUAGGGAACAAAGAACUGAACUUGGGCAAACCGGAAAAAGUUUGCUGUUGCAGAACAACAUGACUGAUGAGAAUGCAACGUAUUAUUAUAACCCAGUCUAUGAAGAUGAGUUGUGUCGCAAAGAGGAGGUGGUGAAAAUCGGAUCCUUUGUUAUUCCAAUCUUUUUCACAGCAGUGGUUGUGUUGAGCUGCAUCGGUAACAUCCUCGUUCUGGUCAUGCUUGCACUCUACGAGAGCCUCAAAUCCCUGACCAACGUCUUCAUCCUCAAUUUAGCCGUGUCAGAUCUGCUGUUCACUUUUGGCCUUCCGUUUUGGGCCUCGUACUACAUCUGGGGUUGGACAUUUGGAGAGGUUGGUUGUAAAGCUGUGAAGUUCUUCUUCUAUGUGGGCUUUUACAGCAGCGUGUUGUUCUUGACUCUAAUGACCGUUCAGCGUUAUAUGGCAGUGGUUCAUCCUCUGUCUGACUGGGAGAGAUGCAGAGGCCUUUCCGUCUCUCCUUUUAUCGUUUGGAUCCUGAGUGGAACGGUUGCACUGCUCGGUUCACUUCAUAGCAAAGUCAUGACAGAAUCUGAGAGCCUAUACUGUGAAUAUGACAGUGCUGAAUGGAGAUCUGGCAUUGCUUAUUUUCAAAAUGCUUUUUUCUUCAUUGCAUUCCUAAUCAUGGGUUAUUGCUAUGGCAGAAUGCUGCGGACGAUCACAAAAUCACGGACUAAUAAGAGACACAAGACUGUUAGACUAAUAUUCUGUAUUGCACUGGUGUUUUUUAUUGGUUGGGCUCCAUAUAACAUUGUCAUGUUCCUAAAAUCUUUGACUGUCCAUCCAUUCACUGACUGUGAAGUAAGUAUUAGUCUAGAAUAUGCAUAUUAUGCUUGCCGAAUGAUAGCUUUCUCACACUGCUGCUUGAACCCUGUGUUUUACGUUUUUGUUGGAGUAAAGUUCAGGAAUCAUCUAAAAAUGAUUCUGCAGAAGAUCUUUCAAAAAAAAAAAAAACUAAAUUCCAGUCAAACCAGAUUGGCAAAAAAUCAAUCGCAGGGUUCAAUGUAUUAAGAGAAAACUUGAGUACUUUUACCGAUUGCAGCGAACCAACUUUGAGUUUUAAAAUACAAUGUGAAUGAUGUACACAGAGAUACUGUUGCAGCUAUUUUUUUAUUAUUAUUAUUGAUAUGCUGGAGCUGAUUAUUUGAAAACUUUGUUGAGCCAUUGCACAGCUUCUGCCAAUAUAACUGCAAUCGUUACAUCUGCAUAAUUGAAAUUUAAAUAAACAAAGUGCCACUUUACAGGAUAAUUCCUCUCUCUAUCAAGCAGCAAAAGCAUUCAGUUCUGAGAAAAUCAUGUUCCUAAUUAUAACCAGUGUUCUUCAUUUUUUGUGGUUAAAAGUUCUCAAUUUUUGUAGGUAAAAAUAUAACUGAAAGUACGUAAUAAGCCCACCAA